AUGUCGACCUCAGAACUCCACGACCUAGGCUCAGCCCGCUACAACACGUCGACAGCAGCCAUAACCGACAAAGACUACGCACUCCACCCCUCAUCUUCCACACUCACUCCACAAGUACUCGCCGCCAGAGCGCUAGCAGCAGGGCAAGCGCCCAAGGGGUACGAGAGCAAAGUGCACGCAUGGAUGACAUUUGCGUAUACAACCGAGGAGGUGGAUGUGCGCGAGGAACUCAAGGGGGAUUUACACGGGGGCCAGUUGCAUCGCGAGAAUCGGGCUGUGAGGGAGAUGGAGAGUGGUGGUGGUGGAGCGGGAUUUGGGGGCGCUAGGGGAGGAGGAUAUAUGGGUGGUGGUGGUGGUGGUCGGAGUAGGGGAGGUCAAAGAGGUGCCAAGGUGGGUGAACUUGGGGCGGCGGCGCAGUUGGCGUUGUGUGCGGGUAGGAAGGCAGAGGAUGGGGGACCGCCUAUGGCCAAGGGGGUUGCGGGGGAAAUGGACAAGGGCAUGUUUUGGGAGGAAAGUAUUGUUUGA